GAUACCCUGCCUCCCCCGACUCUCCUCUCUCGUGUUGAGAAGAAGAAAAAGAAGAAGAAGAAGAAAGAAAAAACAGAGAGAGAAUGGGGCGCGUGAGAACCAAGACAGUGAAGAAAUCUUCACGGCAAGUGAUCGAGAGGUACUACUCUCGCAUGACUCUUGACUUCCACACCAACAAGAAGGUUCUAGAAGAAGUUGCCCUCAUCCCUUCCAAGAGGCUCCGCAACAAGAUCGCAGGCUUCUCCACUCACCUCAUGAAGCGGAUCCAGAAGGGACCCGUCAGAGGCAUCUCCCUCAAGCUUCAAGAAGAGGAGAGGGAGCGUCGCAUGGACUUCGUUCCUGAUGUGUCCGCUAUUGACACUCAACACAUCGAGGUCGACAAGGAAACCAUUGACAUGCUUCAGUCUCUAGGUAUGUCCGACAUCCCUGGAAUCACUCAGGUCGAUCCCGUUCCUGUUCAGCAGAUCCCCUUUGGUCGCCCUGGCGCUGGAUUCGGUGGUGCUCAGAGGAGGUACUGAGAAAACAGACAAUUUUUCUAUGUUUUGGAAUUGUAUUAUCGAUAUUAGGGUUUUUAAUUUGGGGGAAAAGUAAUGUUAUCUUAUAUGUUUGAACUUAAUACUGGUUUAGUGGAAAUGAAGAAUUUCUGCGAAUUAGGUUUUUGAGGAUAAAUUUGUGUGGCUUGAUUUUAGUUAAUAUUUGUUAUGAACUUAUAAUUAGAGGCAAUAUAUUGGUGAAAUUGUGAUGAAACUGAAAUAUAUGCCGAUUAGGUUUUGUUACUUAAAUUUGUGCAUGCUUCACGAAUUCUGUGGGGUGUGUUAUGCUUGAAACUUAUAAUCGGUGGAUGUUGUGAUGCCAAACUUAAAGUAUAAUAAUUUUGUUCAAACUGGUUA